AUAUUAUUAUUUUUAAUUUUUGCAUCUACCAUUUAUUUGAAAAAAGAGUAUGAGCCAACGACCCUUAAACAGAGACUCUGAUCCUAAGCGGGUGCGUUUUGCUCCCGGAAGCAGCUCCCGACCGCAGCAAACCCCCAAAGCAAACGUGUCAUUUUAUGGCAACGACAUCCCAGUAUCUGCGCUAAACGACGAGUACAGCGAGUACAGUGACGACAACGAUGCACUCGAGGCUGACAUUACAAGCAGCCGGCGGCGAGCCCGUCGAGUCAACAUGGAUGGCUACAACAGCGAUGCCAGCGACCAAGACGAAGUUGGAAACCAAAGCGACCUCAGCGACGAAGCAGACGAACUAGGCGAAAAUCCCACCAGAGAAGAUUUAAAUAACGAAAUCGAAUCAAACGAUGAGGAUAUGUUUGUGGACUCUUCUGGUGCUGUGCCAGAAGGGGAAUCCUCUUUGGCGGCCAAAAAGAAGCGCAAGAGGUUUCUUGAUAUUGCUGAUAUUGAGGGCCAGGAGAUGAGCUCGACUUCGCGCGUGGAAGAUGGGUUUGGAAGUUCCGGUGACCGCAAGGGUAAGCGGGCUGAGGGCGGGGAUUCGGAGGACGAUGAGGGUGAAGGGAAGGUGAGGAUCGAGGCUUUCAACAUGAAGGAUGAUUUAGAGGAAGGUCAGUUUGACGCCAAUGGGAAUUUUGUCUGGAACAAGAAGGACCCACAGACAUACCAGGACAGCUGGCUCGACGGGAUCUCCAAAACAGCCAUUGAGCGCGCGCGCGAAUCCAAAGCCAAACAAGAUAGGGAACCUCCCCAAAAUAAUUAUUCCAACAGCGGGUCCUCGACUGCUGUGCCCUGGGACACGGUAUCUAACGAUGAUAUUUCCCUGGCGAUUAUUAAUUUACUGCAGCCGCGCGAAACCGUGCUGAAUGCUUUGGCGAGGAUCGGCGGUCCGAAGAAAAAAGUCAAGAAUAAGUGGAGCAAAAAGGCCAAGGCCAAGGCCAAAGCGGCAACAGAUGAGGACGGGGGUGAUGGGGAGCAGGAGAGGGAGAGGAGAGGGGCGAUUGAGCAGUUGACGGAGCUCGCUGACCGCGCAAUGGCCAGGGGUCUGGUCAAUAUUUAUGACGAAACGUAUGAGCAGCUUGUGCGCCAGAUGCGCAUGGCUAACCGGAUUGGAGAUGACUGGGAGGUCGGGACAUUUCUGCCUACGCUGGCCAUGCCAUUGACACCUGCAACCGCAUAUGCUCCCUCUGGUGCUGGUGACGGGGGAGAAGCCGGAGGUCUUCUUGACGACCUGGAUGAUCUCAUUUAGGCAGUAAUUUGGCUUUACGAGUAAAAAUAUAAUAUAGCUUUUGACAGAAACAAUUGAUAUUACAAAUAAAAUU